AUGGCAGACCCAUACGCGUCCCACUCGACGGGCAAACUCAAGCUCAAAGGCGUCAAGGACUCCAAGAUCAGCAAACACAACAAGAAGAAAAAGGACAAGGCCACUACUUCUUCCCUCACCAAUAGGAGUGACGCGACAGAGCAGCUCCACGACAACUCCGUCGUACUCAAGGACCUUCCCACCGAGUCCAACAACGACGACGACGCAGAUACCACUGCCAGAAACGACAAGUUGCCAGGUCAGAAACGCACAAACCUUCGAAGUGCGCUGGAGGAGGAAGACCACUCAGCACCACGCAAGACGGAAGCCGAGCAGCGAUGGGACGAGGCGCGGCGGAAACGGCUGGAGGAGCGGCUGAAGCGGGAGGGAGUGAAGACACAUAAGGAAAGAGUACAGGAAUUGAACAAGUAUUUGAGUGGGUUGAGUGAACAUCAUGAUAUGCCGAAGAUUGGACCUGGUUAA